AUGUUGAAACGAAAAGCUGUAACGGACUCCUCUAGUUCGAAAAGGCAGGCCAAAACAACGGCCAUAAGUUCAUCGUCGACAGAACCAUGGGAAUUAGUACUCAAUGACGGAAAAGAGGCCAUCAAAGAAAAAGAUUUCAAGCGAGCAGUCAGUCUAUUCACUCGCGCUUUAGAGCUAAAACCGAACCAUGCCACUGUACUGGAAUAUCGAGCGGCAUCGUAUGAGAAGUUGGAUCAACUUAAUUUAGCACUUCAAGACGCGACAACCAUGAUCCGCCAUGAUCCGACAUCAGCGAGAGGUUACCUGCGAGCAGGCAAAAUCCUCAGUCUGCAAAAGAAACAUAAGAGUGCGGUGACGAUAUAUAAACGAGGGCUAAAAAACAUCAGUGUUCACGAUGCCCGAUAUCAGCAAAUCAAGGAUAUGCUGGCAGCGGCGGAGAGGAUUCUUCAUCCUUCACCCACACAUGACCCUAUGAGAUACUUGCCCUACGAUAUCAUGUCUACUAUUUUUUCGAUGCUUUCUUUUGAGCGGCGUAUCCAAUGUACAAGCGUUUCGCAAUCAUGGCGUUCCUUUGCUUUGAGUUGGCCAGGCAUGUGGCGUGAUCUGGAUUUCAGCGAUAAAAAAAUUUCGGUGGCCACCAUCAAAAAGUACCUUGGUCAUGCAAAGGGCCGCCACGUUCGAAGGCUUUCUGUGCGAUCUGUGGCCCGUAACAAACUAGACAAGAUAUUACAACUCCUUAUAGACGAAGAUUGCCAGUACUUAAAUAUCCUAGAAUUGUCAGAUUGUGAAAUACCAGUAACGACGUUUCUGCGACUGCUGCGACUCAUAGGGAAACAUAUCACGUAUAUGAAUCUUGAUUAUGCUACUUUGACCAUGGAUGCCAUCGUAAGACAGGUUAUACCACGAUGCCCCAAGCUAACUCAUUUGACGGUGAACGGCGUACCAGAUAUUGCAGAUAUUACCAAACAAGCAUAUACUACUGCAGACAAUGACGUUGAGCUGCAUCAGUUGACCCAUGUACGCAUAGUGAUGAACGAUGUCAACAAUAUAAAAUGGUUAUUGCGUAAAUGCCCGAAACUAGAAUUGUUGGAUAUAAAAUCAGAAGACGUUCGCUUUAACGAUAUAGCGGAAACCGUCAUUCAUGAGUCUUUAAACAGUAUGAGGAAGUUUCGUUUCAGUCGAGCCAUAUUAGAUAGUAGUACUAUUUGGCCAGCAGCAGGCGUCGAUUCAUGGGUAAGCAAAACGAACCAUCGUCCUUCUGACACCAGUGACGGACUAGAGGCGUUUUACAUCGUCUCCGACCCAUCCUUCACGGGAUCUAUGUUGAGAGGAAUUGUUCAACGAUCCUUUAGAACGCUUAAGCAACUCGUCCUACGAGACUGUCGCUCAGUAGGUGAUUCGCUGGCUCAUUUGGCCACGUCUCCUGGAUUACCUUGCCUUGAAAAACUUGAAUGUGGACAAAUGGAAGAAGACGAUAUAAGAACGAUUCUAACUGCAUGUCCGACCCUACAGGACGUGACCAUAGGAUUUACGAUAGGGAUGACUGACAACGCCAUGAGCGACUUGGCGGCCAACGUGAAAAAGUUGAAAAGACUCGAUAUCACUGGCUGCCCCCAUGUCACUGGUGUUGGCCUUGAAAAAGUUGUUAAAGCUCAUCGCUCGACCUUGGAAAAAGUGAACAUCAGCCAAUGCUUCCGUAUAUCGGUGGAUGCUAUUGAGUGGGCUACAUCUGUCCUCGGUAAACGCGUUUUGGAAGCAAAUUUCAACACAAGAUCCUUUUAA